AUGUCGAAUUCAUCGCGAACCAUCACCACCACCAAACUUCCAUCACGGAGCCCCAAUCCUACGAAUUCCAAAGAUCAUCACAUCGAUUCGAAGCCUUCAGGUUUCAAAAAUCCGUGGCCGUCAUGGCCGCCAAGGAAACUCAGCUUCUCCGAGAUCCUUUAUCUUCGCUUCGGAUCUCAUGACGAAAAGAACAAUAUUCCUGUCCCGCAAGGUCCCAAUGGAACCAGAUCAGAAGAACUGGUGCGGAUUCUUCCUAAACUUACUUGGGGUUCUGGCGACUCGACGCGUCUUCGCGCGACAUGGAUCGGCCACUCUUCAUUUCUCGUAGAAACCCCUGGACUCAUCAAAGGUGCGACACGAGGGGUGCGAAUCCUGUUCGAUCCCGUCUUUGCCGAGAGGACAUCGCCUUUCACAUGGAUCGGUCCCAAACGGUACACACCGCCUCCCUGCACCGCGGAGGACUUGCCCGAUGUGGACGUCAUCUGCAUCUCACAUAGUCAUUACGACCAUCUGGAUAUCAAAACCGUGAAGCAACUCUAUGCGAAACUAAAAGGCCGGGUUGUAUUCGUUGUUCCUCUGAAGUUGAAGAAAUGGUUUCUCAAGAAUAUUCGAUGUCAGGAUGACGACGUCGUCGAAUUGGACUGGUGGGAGAGUUGCCGUGUCUCAACCGAGGACUACGGUUCCAUUGACGUCGUCGGCUGUCCCGCUCAACACGGCUCCGGCAGAACGAUUUGGGACACGGGACGGACAUUAUGGUGUGGCUUUUCGAUCGAAUGCCGGAAUCCGGAUGACCCUGAGAGAGACAGGCGACUGUACUAUGCGGGCGACACGGCAUAUCAGGCCGUGACCGCUCCCAGCCCGUGUCCUGCUUUCAAGGAGAUCGGUUCAACGUUAGGUCCCUUUGACUUGGCAUUUAUUCCCAUCGGCCUCUACAGUCCACCUUCUUUCAUGAGCGCAGUCCACGUCACGCCUGAGCAGGCGCUUUCGAUACACAAGGAUGUCCAGGCGAAAAGAUCGCUGGGCAUGCAUUAUGGAACAGUCAGAGGUGGCAUCAGCAAAGCCUUCGAGGACGUCCGGGAUCCUCCGAGGAGAUGGAGAGAGAUUGCUGAGAAGGAAGGUCUUUGCGCGGAUUGGACGGGUAAUGGUGUUGGUCUAUGUGAUAUUGGAGAGACGGUCGCUGUAUGA